GUAGACGUUAUGAAAAUAGUUGUCACGUGGGCUUUCUCAGCCGACCCUUGAGACUUGACACCUAGGCUCCCCAAAUUGGGAGCCUCCUGGUCCACACUCCCAGUUCAAAUUUUUGCCUGUAAAGCCCAAUCUUUGUGAUUUCUGCAGGUAUUUACAGAAACAUGAUGGACAACCAAGCAAAUGUCAUCUGGUUGCAUUGUAAACAUAAAAUUAUGCCAAUUAUGUGACUAGAUUAGUCUUUUGAGGAGAAAAUGUGGUACAAAAUUAGCCUAAAAAGGCCAAAAUUGGCCAGCUUCAAAGACAAUUUUCAAGUAACCAAGCAUUCUCUUAUAUCAAAGUUCAACCAUUUUUCUCUCUGUUUCAAUGGUUUUUAUCAUUGUUCCAAACUCAGUGUUGGUGUGGGAAUGAUUAAAAGAAAUUCUACUUUGGGAGUGUUCACACUCCCACUUUCACCACUGAUUGUCACUUCAAUACGGAUUAAUCAUGUUAAUACUAAAAUUACUUUAAUUUACUAUUCAGGUUCCCUUCGAGUCACAGCUGAUUUCUUUGAAAACAAGAAAUCAGAAGUUUGCAGUUACAUUAAGAGGUGGGGACAAGGACGUGGUGAGAGACACAACUGGUUUGUUACCAAGUAUCCCUACCAUGAAGUCAAGGCUGGAUUUGGGUCAGAUUUUGUGUCUGCUGAAAUGUAUGGGCACAUACUUCAGUGGCUGGGGCAAUCCUUGACACGCCGUCUAGUGAGAGAUAAACUGUAAGAAUAAUGGUGAAUAGUGUAGAUUCUUUUCUAAAGUCCCCAAUGGCACAAAUUUAAAAUCAGUGUAAAUUCACAGUUUUAUGCAUGUUGUUUUGAGCAUAUAUUUACCAGUGUUUACCAAAUUGAAUGAGAACAGAGCAGUAGUUAAAUGUGAUUAGGAAAAGUUUACAUCUAAAGCAUAUUCACAGAAGAAGCUUAUCAUUUGAUUAGACAUACAGAUGAAAUUGAUACAUUGAAAAUUGCUCAUGGUCUAAAUUUCACAUUAAUGUCACUGACCACCUUUGAUU